AUGGACGGCACCACCAUCCAUGCAUCACCAGGAUUUUCGCAGAAGCAACAGCAACAGCAAUUGCAACAGCAGCCGCAGCAGCACAGCCGCAAGAGGUCGGCUGACCACCUCCCCUCGGAGCCGCAUGUUUCACGCAAAGGGCGGGCUUGUCUGGCCUGUCGCAAGCUGAAGAUCAAAUGCGACAGUCUAGAGCGCGGCGAUGCCGGGUGUUCGCGCUGCCUACGCCUGGGUCUGGACUGUAUCACUUCCAAGCGCAUGAGGGUCGGUUUGGAGGACGAUGGCGACAACCCUCACCCCUCCAUCGUCCGGCUUGACCGUGCGGUCGAGGACAUUCUCGCACAUCUGAAAAUGCCGCCCUUGCACUCGUAUCUACGCACUCACCCAUCCCAGCCGCCGUCACAGUCACAAUCACAAGCUACGCAUCCGAAUCCAAAUCCCAAUCCCAAUCCCAAUCCUAGCCGCGGCGAAACCAACCCGCGGACGACACGAGAGAGCUCGCGCGAGCCCAAUGCCGAAGAUGUGCAUGAAAUGGCCCCCGCGCCCAUGGGCAGUCUCUACGAAGUGACCCAGCUCAACACGCUUCGAAGUCGGUUGAGGUACGGCGAUCCCGCCCGACGCAAUUCGCGCAAGGAUAUGGAGCAUGAUCUGAUCUCCAUGGGCGUCAUCACCGACGAAGAGGGAGAGGAGAUGUUCAAGUUGUUCAAGACCUCGUUGUCGCGCUACCUGUUCAACGCCACCAUCCACGAAUCCCGCUCAUUACUGUCCGUCCGCGAAUCGUCCACCUUGUUCUUCACCGCCAUCAUCACCGUCACAUCUCUCCACAUCCCCGGCCAGGAGCAAAUCCACGCUACCGCACACAAGCAACUCCGCGACUUAAUCGCCGCCUCUUUCUUCGACCGAUUCCACACGCUCGAGGACAUCCGAGCCCUCUGCCUGGCGGCGUUCUGGCUGCCCAAUCUGAGUUGGAAGCUUUCCGGCCAUUGCGUCCGCAUAGCGACGGAGCUCAAUUUACACCAGGCCUUCUACAAGGCGCUAUACUCGGCAAAACCCUCCGAGGCGGAUCGAGAACAUGCCUUUGAACGUGCCCGGCUGUGGUAUUUGUUGUAUGUGCUCGACCACCACUUUAGCAUUGCUUAUGGCCGACCGCCUGUCACGGCGGAACUCCAAGCCAUCAAAGAGUAUGACGUGUUCCUGAACGCCCCCGAGUGUACCCCUUCAGACCAUCGCGUCUUGUCGCAGGUUGCCCUAUUCAUCAUCCUCAGCAGGGCGUACAACCAUUUUGGUCUGGAGGCGGAGCGGCUGAUGGAUGGCGACCAUGUCACCCUGCUUACACACCAGCAGUUUAUUGAGGACUUGGACCAAUGGAGGUAUCAAUUCCGCCACGCCCUGAUUCGGGAUGCCCACGUUGGUGAUUAUCCAGCGAUCGGUGUUGAACUCCACUAUUACUUUGCAUCCAUGAUGCUCAACUCUCUGGCCCUCCGCGGCCGCUCACUUGUGACCAUCUCGUCGACCUCGACGCUCCCGACCUCUCUCCGCCCAUUAGCAUCGCACGCCAUCUCGUCUGCCCACCAAAUCCUGGUCAUUGUGCUGGAUCAGCCCUCCAUCCGAGACUCCAUGGUUGGCGUCCCUCUGUAUCUGCACACGGUCAUCGCUUUUGCUGUGGUGUUCUUGAUCAAGAUGUCCUCACGCUGGACCGGAAUCGGGGUCAAUAUCGACCCGGAAGUCACAACGAAGCCGUUGAUCGAGGCCGUCAUUGAGCUGUUCCGUAGCUGUCGUGCAGGCAAGGGCCAUAUCCUGUACGCCAUGGCGGAUGGAUUUGAAAGGCUACUGCGGCGGAAUCUAGGCGAUAGAAAUGGGAAUGGACAAAAGAACCUGACGACUGGGAACGACAUGGCUGCACCCGGACCUGUCCAACAUCCAAAACGGCCACAACAACGAGACGAGGAGAAGGAAGAAGAGGCAGAAGAAAAAGACAUCUCAACAGUUGGUGUCGGGUCAUUCACGCAUCAACAGCAUUUGUUGUCAGAACUUCCGCAUCAGCAGCACCAGGCCCCUGCCCAGACACAAGCACAAGCACAUCAGCAUGUCCCUGACCUUUACGGCCUUCCGGGGAUACAGGGCCAUGGCCAUGGCCCUACGACCUCACCCGACGUAUAUAUGGCCCAUGAAUCCGAGCCCGGACUCGGUCACGCGAAUGAGAUGACGAGCAGAGGGCUUGGAGCCGGAGCCGGGGCCGGGGCCGGGGCCGGGGCUGGAUUAUAUGGCGGCUGGCAAACGGAAGACGACAUGCUAUGGAGCAUGGGCAUGGGGUAUGAUCUGUUGGCGAUGGCGCCGGACGUCAAUGCCCAUGGGCCCAGCGGGUUUAUGGGAUGGCCUGGGUCUGGGUUGGUGUGA